GUCGCUAGUAUCAUAGUAGUUCUGAUAGAAGCGAUUGAUAAAAAGCGUCAGUCUCGAAGAUUUACGGCAAUUUACGUCAAAUACGUCAAAGUUCAAAAAAAAAAAAAACAAAAGAAAGUAUAAGAAUAGAAAGUGUUACAAGAAUAGAAUUUCUCUCUUAUUGACGAAUCUCGGUUAUUUUUGGUCAUCCCAUCUUCGAUGAAUCCGAAUUAACAAUUUUAUCCUCAGAGUAUUUUACCGGGACAUUUAUAAUGUCUUCGGUCCAACGUGCAUUUGCUCAUAAAUUAAAUAAACAACAUGCUGCCGAUGUAAGGCGGCAGAUUGCUACUUCUACUUCUUAUUCUCGUGAUUUAUCAAAAAGUGGAAGCAGUGUAUCAGGAUUUUCUUCCACGAUGUCUUUAUGUGAGGUAUUAGAACCACUUGAUUAUGAAGAAUUCUUAGCACAACAUCAAUCGGUGCUGGAUCGUGAUCCUUUAAGACCAAUACUAGAUUUUCCACCAGGAGAUGUCGAAUUGAAAGUUAUAAAAAGAAAGAUUCGAACAGAGGAACCAGUAGUUCCACAUGAAUCAUUAGAUACUGUAUCACCUUAUGUUAAGAGAUGCAUUGAGAGCUUUACUUCUGACUGGAUGGUAAUACAUCGCAAAUACAAAGGAAGAAUAUCACCUAUUGCUAGAGACAGAUUGCUUCAGGAUACACCUAGACAAGAUUUUGAAGUAGAUCAAGAAGAUACAAAUGGAUGUGGGUCACCAAACGAGGAAGACGAUUUAUCCAACUGUGGAGAUACUCCAAGAGGAUCUUGGGCAAGUCUGGAUUUGCGACAUUCGCAGCAUGAUCCGCUUUUGCCAAGUUUAUUAGAUCGUGUCUGCCUUGAAACGAUCGAUCAGAUGAAUGAGCAAAAGAGACUGGAAGAUCGACAGGAAGCUUUAUUUCCACUUUAUGCUCCUCCGACAUCUUCUGAUGAUGAAUGGCAAGAAAUUAGUAUUGCCCCUGAACCUACAGAGCCUUUUGCUCAUAAAAUUCUUGUAAAAUGUUUGCAAUUAAAAUUAGAAUUGGAAGUGGAGCCAAUAUUUGCGAGUCUUGCAUUGUAUGAUGCCAGGGAAAAAAAAAAGGUUUCUGAGAAUUUUUAUGUUGAUAUGAAUUCUGAAGGAUUGAAAAGAAUGCUUGGAGGACACAUUGCUUAUAGUGAUGCAAGUACUUUAGCCAGAAGCUGUGUUCUGAGCAUCAGUAAACCUAGUCCCGAUUUAUUUCUCGUUGUUCGGCUAGAGAAAGUAUUGCAGGGUGACAUUUCAGAAUGUGCUGAACCUUAUUUACGUGAAGAUAAAAAUAAGGACAAAGUCAGAGCUGCCGCUGCUGCUGCGUGCGAACGUUUGGGUCGUUACAGAAUGCCUCUUGCAUGGACCGCAAUUCAUUUGUCCGGUGUAAUUGGAGGUGGUGGCGAUGCAGAUAGCACUGGCAGUGCUGGUUCCUUAGAUAGAAAAUCAGGCAGUUUGGAACAGUGGCGAAAGAAAGUGGAACCGCCAACAAGGCGAGGUUCAUUGGAAAGACGGAGUUCGGACAAGAGACGCAGUUGGUCUCCAGAUGAUUUCGCCAAUUGUCUCGAUAGCUUUAGACCCAUCACUUUAACUGUCUCGAGCUUUUUUAAACAGGAAAGUGAACGACUCCGUGAUGAAGAUCUCUAUAAACUUUUGGUCGAAUUGCGAAAACCUGGUUCUAAUUUAAAACGAUUAAAAUGCUUACCAGGAAUAUUGAAAUUGGAUCUCAGUCCUAGACCGGAAGAGUUACCCAGGUGUCUAGAUCCUGAUCUUAGAAGAUUAGUUCCAUAUCCAGAUGAGAAGAGUCGACCGGUUAAAGAGAUAUUAGAGUUCCCCAGCGAAGUUGUUUCACCAGAUUUAACCUAUCAUAAUCUUUUAUAUCUUUAUCCCAAGGAAGCGAAUUUCAGUUCCAGGACUGGUUCAGCCCGUAAUAUCGCUGUAAGAAUUCAACUCAUGGGAGGUGAACAAGAAGCCGAUGCGCUCACAGCUAUUUUCGGCAGAUCAUCGUGUCCCGAAAUGACGCACGAGUACUUUACUUCUGUAUCAUAUCAUAAUAAGAACCCGAACUUUUAUGAUGAAGUCAAGAUGAGAUUGCCCGCGGAUUUAAGCGCUAAACAUCAUUUACUGUUUACCUUUUAUCAUAUCAGUUGUCAAAAGAAAGCAGAACAACCGAACGUUGAAACGGCAGUUGCUUAUACAUGGCUACCGCUUUUAAGAGACGGUCAUCUUCAAUCAGGCGAAUUUAGCUUACCUGCUAUGCUUGAUCCACCACCUGCAAAUUAUUCUUACAUCGCACCUGAUGUUCUUCUACCAGGCACUCGAUGGGUGGACGCUCAUCGAGGAGUUUUUACUGUCAUAUUGGAGCCUGUUUCCAGUGUUCAUCCACAAGAUAAAUAUAUUGAUAGAUUUUUAUCAUUAUGUGGUUUUCUGGAAACCGGUCAAGUUCCGCCUCGCAUUGGCGAAGCGGGUAUGGAAUCUGAAUUGAAAUCAGCCCUCCUCGAGUUAGCGCGUGCCUCGCAUUCCGCUUUAGUGCGAUCUCUUCCUCAAUUACUAGAUCAAUUACUGUGUCUUCUCAUGCGACCACCAACCUUACCCUCUCAGCCGUUGAAUGUUGCCGCUACUAUUUUCGAAGCUUUAGGCUUGCUCGUGCGAAAUAUCACCAAUUUGCCGGACGGUCAAUUGGAUCCACAUGGAAGACACGCACUUUUGGCUACAUACAUCGCGUAUCAAUGUUCUCUGCCAAAUAUGUCUCACGGCGGGGGUGUCGCCCGAGCACAGAGUAAUCCUGAUCUGCCUCUAGAAGAUUUGGAAAUGGAAAUUCAUUCACGUGGAUUGGAUAGAACUGCAUCAAUGCGACAGGAAUCUCCUUCGAUCAACAGUCACCCUACCAAAAGACUUUUACACGAAGAACUCGCUUUGCACUGGGUUGUGUCUACUGGUCAGGCACGCGAAUUGGCAAUAACUCAUUCCUGGUUCUUUCUAGAAUUGAUAGUGCGUUCGAUGGUUGUUACAAUGUCUGAGACGGGCUCUCUGGAAGCUCCGCGAAAACUAAGAUUCUCGCCACAGUUCUGUGAUGAUGUCGCUACGCUUGCUGCCGCAUUGACAUCUGAAGUAAUUUCACGUUGUGGUAAAGAAAUACGCGUGGCGUCCAACUUAAUAUCAAGCCUCGGCAAUUUUCUAUCUGAUUUAUUAUCCGUGAUGGACAGAGGAUUUGUCCUGUCACUCGUACGCGCUGCUUGCUGCUCAUUGUCGGAUGCAUCAAUGCAUAUACCCGAUUCGGCAGCAUUGUUUGCUCUGAAACUCGACCUCGUGAGAACGGUGUGUUCGCAUGAGCAUUAUGUGGCGUUGAAUCUUCCUUUCGGCACAGGCUACACUUCAGGUUCAGCUCCGGCAUCACCAAGUCCGUCAACCGGCAGCUCGGGCAGUCUAAUCUCUACCCUCGUGCCCGGGGAUAGAGUUAGAUUCUCGGAACUCAGCCAAGAAUUCAGACAGCAACACUUCUUGGUUGGCAUCAUUCUAUCUGAUUUGGCGAAUACUCUGGAGAUACCGAAUCCGAUGUUACAGAAUAAAGCUAUCGGAAGCGUACGGUAUCUUAUGAGUUGCCAUGACGCUGAUUCGCGAUAUUCCGAUCCCGCAGCGAAAGCCAGAGUCGCUGCGCUUUAUCUGCCAUUACUCAAUAUUUUAAUGGAUGCCUUACCGCAACUCUAUCACUGGGAUUCCAAAGAUAAGAGUGUUUAUCCGGAUGAAUCCGGAUCGAUCACGCAAUCGGUAGCUUUGGCCAUUGCCGGUGGGGCAUCGGCGGACACCGCGGGAAAUCAAUGUCGUGUGUCUUUAAGCUCGGAGGCUACUCGACAUCUAUUAAUGUGUGCCUUAUGGAUACUCAAAGGAUUGGAGCGAACCGCGUUAGCGCAAUGGUGCUCUGAACUCAGUGCAAGACGUAUCCUGAGUUUAUUGCAAGUACUGAAUAUUGCUACCGCGGCUUUCGAAUACAAAGGCAAAAAAGCGCUUAAAAGAUUGCCACCUCAAGCUGCAGCCACUAGCGAUAUUAGAUCGCGAUUGGAAGACGUGAUCCUUGGUCAGGGAAGUGCCAGAAGUGAAAUGAUGCUGCGAAGGAAAGAAAGAGUAACCGGCGACAAAUUGAGAUGGCGCAAAGAUCAAAUGCCUUACAGAUCUUGCGAACAACCGGAAGGUAGAGCUGUGGAACAAGAUGCUCACAUAGAAGGAGCUUUAGCGGCUGAAGCUUCUCUUGUUGUAUUAGAUACUUUAGAAUCUGUAGUUCAAGCUGACGGUGGUGGAGGGGCAGUUGUUGGAGCAGUGUUAAAAGUGUUGCUAAGAGCACUGGCUAGAAAUCAAAGUACAUCAGUGCUUCAGCACAUGUUCAAUACACAGCGAGCUCUAGUCUUUAAAUAUCAUAGCGCAUUAUUCGAUGAAGAAAGCGAACGCUGUGGGGAUUUGUGCUUAACAUUGCUUACUCGAUGCAGCUCACCGCUAAGCGCUGUCAGAAGUCACGCAGCUGCAAGUCUAUAUUUGCUGAUGCGACAAAAUUUCGAAAUUGGAAAUAAUUUUGCACGCGUCAAGAUGCAAGUCACAACGUCCUUAUCUGCUCUCGUUGGAAGAGGAAGAGCUCCUAGUGAAGGAGCACUACGUAGAGCAUUAAAAACAGUGCUGGUAUAUGCUGAAAGGGAUACGGAACUUGCAGAUACGAGUUUCCCCGAACAAGUCAAAGAUCUAUUAUUCAAUCUUCAUAUGAUCCUUUCCGAUACUGUUAAAAUGAAGGAGUUUCAAGAAGAUCCUGAAAUGCUGUUGGAUUUAAUGUAUAGAAUCGCCAAGGGCUAUCAAGGAUCACCUGAUCUUCGAUUAACUUGGCUCGCAAAUAUGGCACAACAGCACAUGGAAAGAAAGAACCACACGGAAGCAGCGAUGUGCUUGGUACAUAGCGCCGCAUUAGUAGCAGAAUAUCUUCAUCUAUUGGAACCUGGUGGCGGUGGCCGACCUGUAGGAGCCGUCGCUUUAAACGCUGUGACACCAAACGCUUUAGAGGAAAGCGCUGUAGGCGAUGACGUGUUGGCUAGAAGGGAAGAAGGACUUUGUUUAGGUCCUGACUUUUCAGAAAGCGGAUUGGCAGGAUUAUUGGAACACGCAGCUAGCUCUUUUCACGCAGCUGGAAUGUAUGAAGCUAUACCUGAUGUCUACAGAGUGUUACUGCCUAUAGCUGAAGCUGCACACGACUAUAAGAAAUUAGCUAACAUUCACGGCAAACUUCACGAAGCAUAUACGCGCGUAGAACAGUUGGCUGGCAAACGUGUCUUCGGCACGUAUUUCAGAGUUGGUUUUUACGGCGCCAGAUUUGGUGAUCUUGCUGGCGAAGAGUUUGUCUACAAAGAACCAACAUUGACGAAACUCCCGGAAAUAUUUUCGCGACUUGAGAAUUUUUACGCCGAGAGGUUUGGCGCAGAAAAUAUAGUUAUAAUAAAAGAUUCGAAUCCUGUAGAUCCUAGCAAAUUGGAACCAGACAAGGCUUAUGUGCAGAUUACUUACGUGGAACCAUAUUUCGAAACGCACGAACUUAGACAUAGACCUACAGUUUUUCAUCGGAAUUUUAAUAUAAAACGAUUUGUUUACGCGACACCUUUCACUCCUGGCGGCAAGGCUCAUGGUGAAUUGCGCGAACAGUGCAAACGAAAAACAAUAUUAACAGUGGCAACACAUUUCCCAUAUUUGAAAACUAGAAUUCGAGUCGUAGCUCGGAAGCAAAUAGUUUUGAGUCCUAUUGAAGUGGCGAUCGAAGAUAUACAGAAAAAAACUGCCGAAGUGGCUGCUGCAACUGCUCAGGAACCACCUGAUGCAAAAAUGUUGCAAAUGGUUCUUCAAGGUUGUAUUGGUACGACUGUCAAUCAAGGACCUGCCGAAGUAGCGGUUGUAUUUCUGUCUGGUUUGCGUGAACAGAAUGCGCAGCCGACUAGAUUGCAGCACAAACUUCGUCUAUGCUUUAAAGAUUUCCAGAAAAAGUGUCUUGAUGCUUUACGACGCAAUAAGAAUCUAAUUGGUCCUGAUCAGCGAGAUUAUCAACGAGAACUCGAAAGAAAUUAUCAAAGAUUAACUGAAAGAUUGGCACCUCUCAUCGCUUGGAGUGGACCAUCUUUAAUUAAUCAGCAAGCUGUACCGGCAACUUCGCCGCGUUGGUAAUGAAACACUGCCAUAAAUUACCAAAGACAACUAUAUUCAACUAUUAAUCAUAUAAGAUUGUCAUUUAUCUAUAACUGAGAUUCUACUUAUCGUAUUAUGAGAAACAUCUAUGUUGAAUCCUUGUUUUAACAAACUGUUUUAAACUGUUCUAAAUUAUUUCUAAAAUAAACAUAA